AUGUGGCGUGCUGCUGUGGCUGGCGGUGUUGAGUUUGUGCCUGGGCAGGUGAUCACGACGGGGACGAACCCGCUGGCGAAGGACACACAGUACGAGGCCAUCCAGCGCUUCCAGGAGGUGAUGCGGGCAUAUCUGACGCACAGUGGGCAAAAGGACUAUGCCGACAAGGACCAUUUUCUGAAGGAUGACGGCGACGGUGAGAUGAUGGUUGCUGGGUGGAUUGCUGGCGAGGUGCUCUCACAGGCGCUGGGCAGUCGUGAAUGGGUGAAGGACCGCAAGUCGUUCUUGGCGUCUCUGUACAACCAACGCCGGUAUGUGGUUGACGACAUUGUGAUUGGCGACUACGGUGGGGAUUGUGUUACUGUUGGGUGUAUUGAGCAAUUUGUGUAUCUAUUUCUUAGGGCCUUUUUUUUCUUUGUUUUUAUUGAUUUUUUUGUGUUAUUUUUUAUAAAGUUUCUUUCUUUUUUUCUUCUUUUUUUGUAUGUGUUGCUUAGUUAUUUUGUGUAG